AUGAGCCACCUCUUCGAUCCCCGGCUGCCUGCCCUGGCCGCCUCGCCCAUGCUCUAUCUGUACGGUCCCGAGAGACCCGGGCUGCCUCUGGCCUUCGCCCCCGCGGCUGCUCUGGCUGCCUCCGGCCGGGCCGAGACCCCGCAGAAGCCUCCCUACAGCUACAUCGCGCUCAUCGCCAUGGCGAUCCAGGACGCGCCCGAGCAGAGGGUCACGCUCAACGGCAUCUACCAGUUCAUCAUGGACCGCUUCCCCUUCUACCACGACAACCGGCAGGGCUGGCAGAACAGCAUCCGCCACAACCUCUCGCUCAACGACUGCUUCGUCAAGGUGCCCCGCGAGAAAGGGCGGCCGGGCAAGGGCAGCUACUGGACGCUGGACCCCCGCUGCCUGGACAUGUUUGAGAACGGCAACUAUCGGCGCCGGAAGAGGAAGCCCAAACCGGGCCCCGGGGCCCCGGAGGCCAAGAGGCCCCGCGCCGAGACGCACGAGCGCAGCGCGGAGGCGCAGCCGGAGGCGGGGAGCGGGACAGGGGACUCGGGCCCCGCAAUCCCUCGCCUGGAGGCAGCGCCCGCGGGCCCCUCGCCCCUCCUGGACGGCCCCUCACCGCCGGCGCCCCUCCACUGGCCGGGGACCGCGUCCCCGAACGAAGACGCCGGUGACGUUGCCCAGGGCGCAGCGGCAGUGGCGGUCGGCCAGCCAGCGCGCACGGGGAAAGGCCCGGGGUCCCCUCUGCGCCCCGCCUCCCGUAGCUCUCCGAAGAGCUCCGACAAGUCCAAGAGCUUCAGCAUAGACAGCAUUCUGGCGGGAAGACAGGGCCAGAAGCCGCCUUCAGGGGACGAGCUCCUAGGGGGUGCCAAGCCUGGGCCCGGCGGCCGUCUGGGUGCCUCGCUCCUGGCCGCCUCCUCCAGCCUCCGUCCGCCUUUCAACGCUUCCCUGAUGCUCGACCCGCACGUCCAGGGCGGCUUUUACCAGCUCGGGAUACCCUUCCUCUCCUAUUUCCCCCUGCAGCUUCCCGACACGGUACUCCACUUCUAG